AGCGAGGAGCGUGUAGCGAACCACGGUGACGAAGUGUCAGUGUGUGUGUAGAUGCGCGUUCAGUGCGAGCAGGACAGGCCAGACCAGCUGGAAUGACGGGGGCAGAGAGAGGGGAAAGGGGUAAGUGACGGCCUCAAGGUGGGGUGGCUACAAGUGCAAGGAAAGGAUGAGCGGGCGGUGCGUCUUGCAUCUUUAUAAUGGCCAGUCGCGAGACGGGGCGCAUGGUGGUGGCGGGGGUAAGCAAGCUGUCCUCGACCCAGGGGAGCGGCGGCAGAAGUGUAUGUAUGUGCAUCAGUAGCAUUCAGCAUACGAGCGCCAGGGUGCAGCUCUGCCUCUCUCUCGUCAGCAUUAGCAUCAUCACCAUCAGCGUCGCCGUCGUCGUCGUCGUCUUUGACUUUGAGGGUGUCCGAGUCUCUGUGGUGCACUCUGCCGAGUCAUGCUGCAGAGUGUCGGUUCGUCCGACCCAUGUAACCCCCCAUCCCGUCUCUGCUGCGCGCACAGACAGGCAGGCCUAACCAUCCGCUACAGACAAACCGCGCGGUAGGGAGUGGCGAGUGGCAGUUCUGGGGCGUGGGGCCUGGGGGCGUACGUUGCGUGUCAUGGAUAGUGUGAGUAUACCAAAGCAG